AUGGCACCUACUGAACAUUCUCCAUUAUUACAAGAACAACAACAAAAACCCCCUGUUUCAAGGCCUAAAAAUAGGAGAAGACGUUCCUCAUUUGAUCCGUCUACGUAUAAUAGUAUUGGCACUAUUGUUGAAACACCUUCUGGUCAACAUGUCGCAAGAGAAGCAGGUCUUGAUUUAAUGCAGAUCUUGGGUCUGACUGUUUGUAUGGCUGGUGUACAGUUUACCUGGACAGUCGAAUUAUCUUAUGGUACACCCUAUUUAUUAUCACUUGAUUUAUCAAAGGAACUGACGGCCUUAGUCUGGUUGGCUGGCCCACUCUCUGGCCUGCUGGUACAACCUUUGAUUGGUGCAUUCAGUGACAAGUGUACUUCACGUUUUGGUAAACGUAGACCUUUUAUCGUAGUUGCUGGUCUUUUGACUUGUAUGUCCAUGAUUGGUGUUGCUUAUGCUAAAGAAUUUGGUGCCCUGAUUGCUCAACACUUUUUUGAGCAAGAAGAAUUUCAAGCCAUGUCUCAUUUGUUUGCCAUUAUCGUGGCUGUUUCUUCCUUUUACUUUCUCGACUUUACUCUGAAUGCAGUGCAAGCUAUUUGUCGUGCUUUGAUCUUGGAUAUUCCGCCUCUUUGGCAGCAAGAGUAUGCAAAUGCUUGGAGUGCUCGUAUGAGUAACUCAGCUAUGGUCAUUGGUUAUUUUGUCGGCUUUAUGGAUUUGGUCAAGUAUUUUCCCUGGCUCGGUGAUUCUCAGAUCAAAGGCUUCUGUAUUGUAGCCAUGGCUGUUUUUAUACUUACUUUGGGUAUUACUUGCUUUGCUGUCAAGGAAAAGCAAUACAUUGAGACAGAAGAUCAGGAAAAUGUUCCUUGGUAUCAUACAUUCCAAUACAUUUGGCGUGCGUUUCGCUUCUUACCCAAACCAAUCCAAUCACUCUGUAACACUCAGUUCUUUGCUUGGAUGGGAUGGUUCCCUUAUUUGUUCUAUAGUACGCAAUGGGUCUCAGAUCUUUAUUUUGCAUCACAUCCUUCUGACGAUGAUGAUAACUGGGCUGAAGGCACACGCGCCGGCUCUUUUGCCCUCCUAUGUAAUUCCAUUGUUUCUGUCAUUGCCGGUAUGGCAAUUCCGGCCCUUGUCAUGCGGUUUGAAAAACGAGGCAUAUGGUGGCUGUCACUCUUAAAUGUCUAUACUGGGUCUCAGCUGAUGAUUGCAGCUGCUCUUUUGUCGGCUUGGUUUAUUCGUUCUGUCACGACUGCUACCUGCAUCUUGGCUUUUAUGGGUAUUCCAUGGGCCAUUGUGCUCUGGAUUCCCUUUUCUCUUGUUGGUGAAUACGUCAGUUUUGAAGACGAACGUCGUAAAAGAGAACCCAUGCCUGCUGAAGACCAACAAAAGGCAGAUGAUUUUGAUGCAGGCAUGAUUUUGGGUGUGCACAAUAUGUAUAUUGUAUUUCCUCAGUUUGCUGUAGCGCUUAUUUCUUCAUUGAUUUUCGCAGCUUCUAAUAAUAACACGGGUCAAGGGGAAUCCAAUGUGGCUACUGUACUAGCCUUUGGUGGCUUGAUGGCUCUUUUGGCUGCGGUGAUGAGUCGGUAUAUUGUGCGUGUAAAGAAAUAA